UUCGAGGUUGCAGCAGGCUGAGGGAGACCGUGGAAGGUAAGCAGGGAGGCAGCAUCAUGGCGGACAGAGACAGUGGCAGUGACCACGGAGGGCUGGCCACAGGCCCCGGCUCGCUGCCCCCGGGCGCGAUGGGCGCCGCGGCAAGACUCCAACACGACACAGAGGAGCUCGCAUCGAAGCGAGUCGACAUCCAGAAUAAGCGCUUCUACCUAGAUGUGAAGCAGAAUGCAAAAGGCCGCUUCCUAAAGAUAGCCGAGGUCGGAGCUGGGGGAAACAAGAGCCGCCUCACUCUUUCUAUGUCAGUGGCAGUGGAGUUCCGCGACUAUCUCGGGGACUUCAUCGAACAUUACGCCCAACUGGGCCCGAGCAACCCGGACAUAGUGCAGGAUGAGCCCCGGCGAGCCCUCAAGAGCGAAUUUCUAGUGCGAGAGAAUCGCAAAUAUUACAUGGAUCUGAAAGAGAACCAGAGGGGGCGGUUUCUCAGGAUCCGUCAAACCGUUAAUCGGGGGCCCGGAUUGGGAAGCGCACAAGGCCAGACAAUCGCGCUUCCAGCGCAGGGACUUAUCGAGUUCCGUGAUGCUUUAGCCAAACUCAUCGAUGAUUACGGUAUGGAUGAGGAUCCAGCCGAACUACCCGAGGGCACCUCCUUGACUGUUGACAACAAGCGCUUUUUCUUCGACGUGGGUUCCAACAAGUAUGGAGUGUUCAUGCGGGUCAGCGAGGUGAAGCCUACCUACCGGAACUCCAUCACUGUUCCGUGCAAAGUGUGGUCCAAAUUCGGCAACACGUUCUGUAAAUAUGCCGAGGAGAUGAGAAAGAUCCAGGAGCGGAGUAGAGAAAAACGGGCCUCCGAACUCCUACCGGAGGGCCAACAUGGUGACGACGGGGACGAUGAUUGACGGAUUACCGGCUUGAGCAGAAAUAAAUAAAUAACAACAAACAGACUUUAUAAACCGACUUUUACUAUAAAAUAUAAAGAGAGAAUUUCAAGGGAAGCACCCCACACACAACCUUCACAGUCAGAUUGGCAGUACUGUCUCGUCGUUCAUUGCUGGAUAUCACCCACUUACCAACCAUUUUAACAAGCAGUUCUCACGGAUUUAUGGCCUUUCCUGACUACAUGACGAUGGUGCUUAAAUUGGCUUUGAAAAAUCUGCUCAUCCUACAUCUGGCAUCAUCAUAACUUGCAUCUUACUGUACUUCAUUACUUUGUUUAUGUACUUUCACUACCUUAUUAAAUUUAUGUUGAUGGAAAAAAGUG